GGUAUUCCCUUGGGCCUCGGCGCUGCGGUGCCAUACAUGCUACAUUCUGAUGCCAACACGGCAAGUUACAAGACACAGGCGACCUUUUCCAUAUCCAGUUGGCCGUUUUCACUCAAAUUAGCAUGGGCUCCACUAGUAGAUUCACUCUACUUUUCACGUAUCGGCCGCCGUAAGACGUGGCUCAUCCCCGUACAGUACGCCAUCGGUAUCGAUUUGCUGGUUUUGGCAAGUCAUGUGGAUCAUUGGUUUGGACGAGACCCAAACAAUCCAUGGGGUCCAAUGGGCGUGACCAAUCCCGUGGAUAUUGCUCAGUUAACUGCCUCGUUCUUCGGUCUCACCAUGCUGGCUGCCACACAGGAUAUUGCUGUGGAUGGCUGGGCCUUGACAAUGCUUUCAAAGCGAAAUUUGGGUUGGGCAUCAACAUGCAAUACGGUUGGACAGACUGUGGGCUACGUGGUCGCAUUCAUUCUAUUGCUCAGUCUCGAGUCUCCGGACAUUGCUAAUACGUAUCUACGAAAAGUUCCCGUGGAAGGCAAGGGAAUAAUUACAUUUUCCAGUAAGUUGAAAUUCCCCCCAUUUCAUUGGCCGGUUUUACGAAUUAUUGGUUCUUUUAUCCUCGACGUUUUCACGAUAUAUGCGCUUGAUUUACUCAAGCGAAUUAAUAUCUGUUCCGGGACAGCAUUUGUUCUUCUUUAUCAGUUUCAGUUCGUACAACCAUUAACCAUGCACUUUUGUGCGCCGGUUUUCGUUGCCGUCUUUUGGCUACCCAUUUGGAUGAAGGAUAGCAGAAAGACAGCGAAGUUAAAAGUAGAGUCGAACGGAAAAUGGAUAAUUUCAUUGGUCUAG